AUGAUGCUCAACCUAGUCCUUCCUUUGCUAUACCUAUUCUCGCCGAUGGUGUUGGGUUCACCCAUUGGUGAUUUGUUCUCCGUUAUCGAUAACUCAGACUCGCCGUCAGACUCGCCGCCCGAUUCGCCUACAGACUCGCCGCCGACCUCGCCAACAUCCUCUAAACUCGUGGUUGCACACUACAUGGUGGGAAAUACCAAUAGAUACCGAGUAGAUGACUGGGAGACCCACAUUCAACGUGCCGACAACACUGGAUUUGACGCCUUUGCGCUCAACAUUGGCAACGACGCGUGGCAAAUUGGUCAGCUGAAACGCGCCUUUGAAGCGGCGGGUCGCCAUGAGAACUUCAACCUCUUCAUCUCGCUCGAUAUGAACUCGAUACCCUGCAACACCCAAGACGACGCCGGCUUUAUGGACGCUAUCAGCCAGUUCUUCGACGAUCCUCAAUAUCAACUGUAUGACGGCAAGCCUCUUCUAUCAACUUUCUCUGGGCAAGACUGCACAUUCGGUCAUGCAAGUGUCGUCGAUGGCUGGAAGUAUGCUUUGAGCAGAUCUCGGAGGAUGAUUCAUUUCGUGCCGUCGUUUUUUGCGCAAGAUGGCGGGUUUCCACAUGACCUGGCAGCGAUGGACGGAGGGUUCAAUUGGAAUUCAGCUUGGCCUGUCGGGCGUUCCAACAUCUCGUUCCACUCAGACUCGAAUUGGAUCAACGAUCUUGGCGGUCGCACCUACAUGGCCGGUGUUUCUCCUUGGAUGUUCGCACACUACUCGUCAGCAACGUUGAACAAGAACAUGAUCUACUACAUGGACGAGUGGAUGCUUACGAAACGCUGGGAGCAACUGAUAGAACACCGUCAACAAGUCGAUAUUGUGCAAGCCAUCACCUGGAAUGACUUUGGCGAAUCGCACUACAUCGGACCUCUCCUGUCGUCAGAGUCGCAACCCGGUUCAGAAGAGUGGACAACGGGCUACGACCAUACACCCUGGCUUGAUCUGUUUGCUUUCUAUAUCAACGCAUUCAAAACUGGGACGUACACUAUUUUCGCAAGACCGUAUAUUUCUUUGGGCUCGACUCUUUCCUGCGAUGGCUGA